AUGUCUGGUCGUAUCUACUCUGCACUGUAUUCCAAAAUAGCAAAUCAACAGAAAUCUUCAGAGGAUGCUGUUUCAUUACCUGAACCAUUACUCAGUUUUCUAAAGUCAAGCAAUACAGAUGGAUCACAGAACUCUCCUGAUGAAUCUACAACUUCCUCUGAAAUCGAGGCGCGAGGUCGUCUUACGUCUUGGUUCUAUCAAGCUGAUACCGACCCUCUAAUGCUUAAAGGGAUGUCUCGACGACAGCGCCUUAUGGGGUUUUUCUUAUGCCUUCUUUCAGCAUCGUUGUGUCUUUGUUUGGCGAUGGUUUUUUUGCCAGUUAUUGCAACACCUUUUGGUAUGCGUAAAUACGUACUAUUACAUACACUUGGUAGUAUUUUAUUAAUCGGGAGUUUUUCAUUUCUUUGGGGUCCGUGGAAUCACAUUAAGGGCUUAUUUAGUACCGAGCGCCUGUUUUUUACUCUGAGCUAUUUGGUCAGCUUAUUUGGUGGUUUAUAUGCUGUGAUUGUAUGGCAGAGUGCUGUAUUUUCAGCUUUGGCUCUGAUUUCUCAAAUUUGUUUAGUUGUAUGGCAAAUUAUUAUUGCUAUACCUGGAGGCGCAACUGGUUUGACCACUCUCUUACGUGGCAGUUUGUGGACAGUAAAAGGAAUUUCUAAAGGUCUUCCUAUCUAG